GCGGCCAAAGGAACCGGGUAGCCGAGCCAGACCGCGCUCCGACAGCGCUGCGGAGGGACCUGUGCUCGCCGCGCUCCCCUUGUUCCGGAUACACACUUCGCCGCGGUCCGUGCUCGCUCGUGUGUGUGUGGCGGUGCGUGCCGGCGCUGUUGUGCGAGCGUGUUUAGGCCGAACGAGCGUCAGUGCCUUUACGCGGCGGCGCCGCCGGCGGCGUUGUUCGACGACGACAAAACGCCUCUUCGGAAACUGGAUAUCCCGAGUAAGCGCGCCGCGACCAGAAGAUCCUCGAGUGCCGCCCGGGGAUCGCACUGCUUGUGUGUGUGUGUGUCUGUGCGCGAGUGCUUGCUGCCUCUCCGGCGGCGGCCCUGCUGGAAGCAGCUCCGAGGAGUGGAUGCGCGCCUGGAAACUUGGCGCUUUCUGAAGUGACCCAGCGACCGAGUGUGGAGGUGUGCAUGUGGUGGUUAGUGCGGACCCGCGUUGCCAGACUGAGGAUGUACGCUGCGAGGCUCACACUGGGAUAAUCUUUUUCUUUAGGUUCUUGUUCAGCGAUCGUCGUCGUCCUCGUCGCCGUCAGCUCGACACCUCGUGACUUUGGUGUUCCGGCUCUCGGAGCCAGAAUUCUACCGUAAGCCAGUGAUGUGAAACGCGUCGAGAGAAAACCCGUGGCCCACCGCUACGCGAGUAUCCGACGCUGCCAAAAUCGGACCGGUGAUUCACGAUUCUACCAGUGUCCCCAGCGCUGCCGCAGCGACUCAUCUUCAUCGAGCAAUCCCGUCAUGUGAGAAGAGCCCGUCGCGACUUUCCCGUCCGGGGCUAACGCACAAAAAACCGCAACCACGGCGGGCUUUCGAUUCACCAUGGAGCUCUUCCCGGUGCUCUGGCUGGCCGUAUCGGCCACGGCUCCCGUGCUCAUAGUGCUGUGCCUAUGGGUGGCCUACGUGUUCCACACGUACCGCCGCAAGUGGAGGACCGUCGACCUGUUCCUGCUGUCCGUCUGCUGCCAGGACCUGGUCACGGCGCUCUUCUGCUUCGGUUUCUCGGUGCUGCGGCUCAUCGGACCCAAGAUGGCCGCCGCCCCGUGCGGGUUCGUGCUAUGGGGACUGGCGGCGAGCCGCACCUUCCAGCUCACGACGCUAGCCUCCGCGGUGGGCGACCGGCUGCUGACGAUCCGCUGGCCGUACCGGUACCGUUUCAGCGUGCGCCGUAACCAGAUCCGGUACCACGUCGCCGUGCUCGCCGUCAUCGGCGUCCUGAUCGGCGUCGCGUCCGCGUUCGCCCGCUCCUCGGAGUCCAUGCUGGAGUGCUCGCUUCACCCGCAGCUCUGGGACAGCCGGUACACGCUGUUCGUGCUCGUCCUCUACGGAAUGCUCAUGGCGUGCAGCGUCGGCAUGAGCGUCGCCAUGGAAGUGCAGCGGUGGCAGCUGGGCCGCAAGGCGCGCCUCCAGCAGCUGCGUACCGCAACGCCGGAGUACGGAACGACCAGCACCGGGAGCAGCGUCAGUUCGUCCAGCUCGAAGCCUCUGCACGUGCUUGGAAGACAGACGUCCAGGAGGCCGUACAGCCCGCAGGUUCUGUGUGAGGCCGGAGUGUCCGAGUAUCGCUGGACGGUCGUCGCCGUGGUUACGUUGCUGUCCUUCGCCGUCAACCAUCUGCCCUUCCUGGUGAUGGUUGUGCUGGGCGCGUACAUCGACGGAUUCUGGAGCCCCUGGCACGACAUGGCCGUCGUGUGGCUGCGGCUGGCGCAGGGAUUCCUGUUCCCUCUCGUGCUGUGCGUCACGGAUCGGCACCACUGGUCGGCACUCAAGAAGGCCCUGCAGCGACGGUCGGCGUCGGCAGACUUCACCGGAGGUGACGAGAACCGGUACCGGCUGUACACCGGCGACGCCAAGAGCUACAUCAAGCACCUGGGCCCCGUGGCGCCCAUCGGCAUCGUCACAAACUACAAACGCUCGUCGGCCAACUACGGCCGCGUGUCCAAGACUCGUCCGGGCCGCUCCAGCUCUUCGAGGGGCAGCGACCGGCCCCGGAUUCCCGGUCUGCCGCCUCCCAGUUACCUGGUGCAGGGCAUCUACAACGUCGACUGCGUGCUCGACAAGGCGGCGUACCUACGAAGCUGCGCCGUCCAGCUGCAGCACCAACAGCACUUACAACAGCAGCACCUGCAGCAGCAGCAGCAGCAGCAGCAACAGCAGCAACUGCAUUCACCCGGCAGUCCGGGGUCACCGCUAAAGCGGCCCCUGGAAGACGCCGGAAGCUGCUGUUCCAUCGACUCGGCGGUCAAGGUGCACAUCCCGGCCGUCGACUACGACUCCGAGAAGUCGCGGCCCGACGAGAGCGAGCGACGCCAUCAGGCGGCCGUCUUGACGCCGCAGGACCUGCCGGCGUGGAUACAGCAGGCCCAGGAAGAGGAUCACAUCUACGCGACCCUGUCGGACACGCUCAGUCUCAGGUCCACCGUUGCCGGAGAGAGCUGUGGCACACUCAGUGCUCCCGAGGAGGAGUCCGACUCGGACGACGCCGGCUCAUUCACGACGGACGCCAACGACGACUUCGAGUUUCACGACACCCGGCCUUGCGGCGGCGAGGUGCGCAUGCGGCCUUCGACCGGCUCGGACGUCGCUUACGCCACGUACGGCGUGGUCCAACAACACCAUUCGACAGAGGCCGGCGGCGGAUACGGCCGCAUCCAGAAGCCCACCGACCCGCCGCCGUACCAGGAGUCCUGCUGCAAUAUCGCCGGCUCUCGUAACGCAUCGUACUCCAUGAACGACCUUGACCUUAUCGACAAGAUGGAGGACGGCGACGACGACCAGGCGGAAGACGGGUUCCGGGCGCCGUGGCGACAACCCAGGAGCGAGUCCCUCAUGUCCCUGUACAAUCCGCCCGCCGAACAGGAACCCGAAGUCGUGGCCGAGGACGUCCUGGUCAAGGAUCCCGCCAUUACGAGCGACCCUUACAGUCUGGGCCAGAAGGUCAUGGAGGCCAUCAUGAAGAACGGGCGCUCGUCGUUCGUCAUUCGCCGGAACUACGUGCGCAAAGCCAAGAAGAGGAUCGGCCUCAAGAAGCACAAGCUCGUUUUCGACUGCGAAGGAAUCGACGACGGAUUUGUGGCUGUUCGUAGGUUCCCCUUCCAGCAGAAUCGGCUGGGUGGCAUCAACGCCAUCCGCAGGAUCGGCAGCCCCACUAGCCAGUGGCACGUGCCUGCGGGACCUGCCGGGAGGCUGACGGUCAUCUCCGAAUUCAUCUAGGUGUACAUAUGUAACGACGCGGGCCCCUUUUGGCCCUUUGAAGAAAGGCGAGCAUGCGACGCCGCGGUGGAGCUGCGACGGAUCGUGUACAUAACACUGCUCUUGUGUCUCUCGAAAAAGUGUCAAACAAGCAGCCCCCGGCGCUCCAGGAAACGACGUGCGCCUCAGCGCUGUGGCGCUCCGUGAUUGAUGAUUGAAAGCAAUGCCGGAUUGAGGACCUUAGUAUAUUGCGAUAGAAACCUAUCCUUGCUCCGCAACUUAGAGAACGUGAGAAUCAAGGUCUUAUAGAAAGAGAAGAAACACCUUCAGAUGGAAGUCAAAGGUAGCGAGCAGACUCAAGUUCGUCAGCUAGGGACCAUACGCAAAAUUGCGUAGUGAUAGCGCACUCCCUUGUGUCAUGUAGUUACGCGGCUAAAAUAGACGCGACCGAACUACGUUGGCUACGACAUUGAACGCAGUUCCUUGUAAAUCGCCCUUUUCCAGUUUUUUCUUACAUUACAGUCAUCCUCUCUCCAAGGCUACGUUAAAUCUUGCGACAACCAGAUUGAACUUCACUGCUUCUUGCAGUAGUGGGUUGCGCGAGAUGGUAAACUUUCGACGUAGUUCCACUAGAGCAUAUUGUGAAGAGAGCGAAACAACAGACCCCUUUCGUUGAUAAACUGCGUAUACUUGGUUUUCUUUGACUGACUUGCCACACAAUCUCUCGUUCCAAGCAGUAAAUGUCUCCUGUCUAUCGGCCAAACAGCUUUCGUGCGCAGUUUUAAUCCAUGCGAAGUGCCUAAUUGCAUGAGAAACUUGUGAUGCUUGCGCUCAACUUUUUCUCACUAGCACCAAAGUUGAGGUCACACGUCCGCCCUUUCAAAUACGCACAUACUACAAUGCCAGGGAACCGAAGUUCUCGUGCGCUGGCUUGAAGGUUUUUCCGGUUGCAGCGCCAACAAUGUUGGGAAUUAUGCCUACUGCCGAAUCCUUGCCAAAAAGCAAACUGGAUUGAGGAACGUGCCUUGCUGUGCUCUAGUUUUAUAAAUCUGCAUCUUCUAGAUCGUUUCAGUUCACCGUUCAUGCGCCACACGUGAAUAUAACGGCUAUGAUGGCACGACAAAGAACUGCGCUAUGUGGCUUUCGCUUGAAUUCACAGCGUUUCACUGAACAUUAAGCGCAUUAAAACGCCAAAACGAGCGUUUCAGGGGGCAGCAAUACACCUAUAGAGAUAUCCUUUAAUAACAAAGUGAGUCGCUUUUCGCUAUGACAUGUACAGAACGUUAGUGAGUGUCUUUGAUUGCGCCAAACGUAAAAGAAUAAAAGGCGUUCACUCGUGUUAGGCCGCGCAUGCGGUGUGUCUGCCGUCUUGUUAACGCUGCUGACAAAACGGUCUCGUCGAUGCAGUUAUUACCGCAUUAAUCGCUUUUAUGUAAAACCGCCUGAUACAUCGUGGCGAGCAGGAACUAAUUGCAGAAGACAAAUUCUUUGAGAUCAUAUCUAGUGUAACCGGGGUAAAAAAAUAAUGCUUAUAUGUUUCUUGCUUCCUACGAGUAACAAAUUCAGCCAUCACUGUAAAUACACACAUCGUUACCUGAACAGAGCACACGCUCUCACGCCAUUUACUCAUUGCCACUCAGUGCCUGUAGGGGAAUGUACGGGAACGGCACAUGGGCGCUCUCGUGCCUAGUAUCAAAUCGUGCGUUACGUACGCUAGUAGCCAAGCGUUUGCAACACGAUCGCUUCUGGUAUAUUGUAUAAUACGCGUGCGUUUCUGGGGCUGCACACCAGAGUGUUGGAACUAUGGUCUUACUGGCCCGCUGAUGAACUAACGUCCUUGAACUGUACUGACAUGCAUUUAGUUGCCACGGCGCGAGGAAUAGUACAACAAAGUUACAUUAUGCACAAUUAACAUCACCACCAAACUGCCUGAAUGACACGAAGUUUAGUAGCUCACAAAAGCGAAUCGCUCCAUCUGUUCUUUCCUAGAAAAACGAUAUAGGUGAUCGCGUCUGACAGCGAACGUGACCGUCGCGACACCACAGUUUUCGUUUCGCAAACACCUACAACACCUCGUGUACAAUAAACGUUCAGCUCAAGCCUUUGAUUAUGCCAUAGAAAUGAGUCUAAUCAGCGAGCAAAUUGUAUUACUCGAUCGACCCGUGGGAGUCCGUUGGCCAGCAGUGCAGUUGCUCGCCUGCCAUGCAUGGUCCCGCUGGUAUUGGCAGCGGUGUCCACACCUUUACAUGUCUGCGGCUGUCGCGAGUGCCACGGCAAGCAACACGCAAGUGACAUCCCCGAGAGAAACGCAACACCUGACGUCUACUAUCACUUAACACGGGCACGCAUCGUUCAACUCUGAGAUUGGUCCCAGAAAGAUUUCGGUCGUCUCACCUUACUUGCUACUAACUUCGAGUUCCGUCUUCAGCUUGACAGCCGACUCCCACGAGCGUCAACGUGUUUCUUUUAUUUUUUGUAUUUCUAAAAAAAAAAAAAGCAGGAAACACAUACCCUGCCGCUCGGCCCGCGAAGUGGUCGCGGGCUAGAGGAAGCCGCACCCGCACCCGCGAUGGGUUGAUUGAACCGGCAUAGGAAAGGACGGGCGUACUCGUCGCCGUCGCUUCGCCGUGCGUCCAACGCGUUCACGGACGACUGCCUCGCGCCUCCGAACAAUGGUCCGCACGAGUGCGCGCCCUCUUCUGUGUUUUUGUGUGUUCAUCUCCGCCGCGAUUGCCCGUAACCCCCCCUCCACCUUCCGCCAUCUUUGACUGCGCUAACGAACUACCGGUAGGACUAUACUCGUCUCUCCUUCCUUCCUCUCUCUCUACACCACCAACCCCCUGUGCCUCGUGACCACACGUGCGUGCCUAUGUGCAGCGGAGACGACAAACGGAAGUCAGCGAGAUUCGACAGCGCGUCCCGUCACCGAACGAGGUGCCUUCGACGAGACGACGACGAUACCUGUUAGCGUGAAUUUCUAAUAUAUUCCUCCGUUGCUGGUUGUCUUCGUGCUUCCUGUAUAGGGCGACGAUUGGCUGCGUCUUCGAUGACACUUGUUGCUGUUUGUAGUUCUUUUUUUUUUUUUCUUUCACUACCUUGCCGGUGCGCCCGAGAUGCACGGGUGUGACGGGUGUGCGUUUGUAUAUGUGUGUGCAGUGCGAGAUGAUUGACAAUGUCGUGGUUUGCUGAGUGCCCUCCGUGAGCCUUGAGAAACCAGCCGUCGACGAAGACACAUACACACAGUUCACAUUGUUGCCGAGACGAUGAAUAAAUGCGAUUACGUGUGAGCA